AUGGAGAAAUAUUCGCGUUGGAGAGAUAGUGGUACCGGCAUCCAACCUUUUCUACCACCUGUGCCUUCAAGAAAUGAGUCAAAUUUUUUUAAAACAAUUGGAAAAGCAUUAUCCUUUUUAUUAAAAUCGGUUCUCGGGCUUGCCAAAUUCUUGCUGGUCAUACUUGCAACGCUAUUGCUGUUUCUAAUUGUUAAUGUCUUGGGGCUACUUUUAAUAAAAGUGAAAACUCUGCAUAGAGUUUAUCAUUAUAUAUUUACCUGCAUUUUGGCGCGAAUCGCACUCUUCUUUAUGGGAUUUUAUUGGAUUCGCACUGAACGCGUUUCUUUACGUCGCGGGAGAGUAAACACAUUAAAAAGUCGCAGCACUAUUGACUCGACGCGUAUAAAAUCGGGUGACGUGAUCGUGUCAAACUGGACAUCUUAUGUUGAACUCAUUUACCUAGCGUUCAGGUAUGAUCCCGUUUUCACAGAAUUCUAUGUAUCAACUAAUACGCUGCGUCCUAUUUCGUUAUGGACUGCCAUUAUGAUAACCGGUCGAUACCCCGAGUUAAAUCCACCAUCAGGAGUUAAAGCAUAUAGCAUAACAGAAUUAUCAAAGUUGGCAAAAUCAAAUGAUAUGGGACCUAUCGUUGUUUUUCCCGAGGCUACAACAUCAAAUGGCCGUGCACUAUUGAAAUUUAACCCUGUGUUCAAACAAUUAUCAUUACCUGUUGAAGAUUUUCAGAUUUUGAUUCUGAACGUAAAAUAUGAAUAUGAAAAUUUCUCACCAACUUAUACAGCAGGAAAUAAAUUUUGGCAUUUUAUAAGACUUUGUAGUGAGUUUAAAAAUCAAAUGAACGUAAAAUUCCUAGCAGCCGAUGAAUCGCCAUCAUCUUCAUCUUUUACAUCCAUCACCACAACAGCUCUCACCAAUACUUCAACGCCAUAUUCAGCUGCAAAAGCAGCAACAUUAACACAAGAAGACCAAACAGGUUAUCAAAUUAUAAGCUUAAUUGGUCAAAUGAGUAGAUUACGCAAAACUAAUUUAGGCAUACAGGAUAAGCGUGAUUUUCUAGAAUAUUAUUGGGAGCGAACGGGUGGAUAUUCAAGAAAGAAGAAAUAA